AUGGCGGCGCCCGGCGUGCUGCGGGGCGGGCUGCGGUGGCUGUUCGCGGGGCUCGCGGGUCCCGCGCGGGKCUCGCCGCCCGCCCGAGGCCUCCGCGAGGUUGUGGAGGUGACCGAGGGCAACACGACCACGAUUGAAGGGAGAAUUAUAGAGGAUCCUGAGGUGCCAACUCCUCCCAACCCCUCUGGCCAGUGUCCCAUCUGUCGCUGGAACCUGAAGCAUAAGUACAAUUAUGUGGACGUCUUGCUGUUGAGUCAGUUCAUCCGCUCCGACGGAGGAAUGCUGCCACGGAAGGUCACGGGCCUCUGUCUGGAGGAGCACAGGAAGGUUGCAGUCUGCGUGCAGAUGGCUCACCGAGCAGGUUUGUUGCCAAACCACAGGCCUSAGCUUCCUGAAGGACAUGUUCCCAAGAAACCCAAGCUCAACAGGUACCUGACCCGCUGGUCCGUCAGAUCUGCCAAGCCCAUCUGGAAGAGGGGCCCUAAGUGGUGCAAAGUUCCCAUGCCAGUCGGACACCCUAUACUCAAGGAUAAUGUCAAAUACACACACAAGCCUAUCUUCUUAAACCAUUAGGCCCAGUGGAACUGGCACAGGCAGUGAGCACAGCUGUGUUAAAUUAGUGUGCCCUUUUUGCAGGUUUGUCGGUACCCACAGUUUUCUUAUUUCAAAACUCUCAUGAAUGUCCUGUAUGAUCCCCAGUGCAUGAGCAGUGGUCUGCUCGUUCGGGAGAAAACAGGAAUCAGCAAAGCCAAAUUUAAUGUGCAGGAGGAUGUGGAGGCAGCAGGAGACAAAGCUUUUACCUCAAAGACAGAAAAAAUCUGAUGAUUUGUGUUUCAUUGCGGUCCACUAGUGGGUUUGGAUAAGGUUGUUCCCUUCUUUCGCUAGCAAUAAAUACUGAUUCUCCAUUUAUAUGUGUUUCAACUCAGAUUUGCCUCCUUGGGGCUUUUGUACUUGUGACACUGAGUAUAAAAAGCCUCAUGCAGCUCAGCGCUUCUUUGGCAGUGAUGCAAAUUAUGUUAAUGACUGCUGAAGUGAAGUAUUUUUAUCAUCUGUGCUCUCCGUAACGUGAAGCAGAACACGUGUGCUGAAGGCUGGCGGGCGUUUGGCAGCACGUGUGCAUCUUACGUGUCCUCUCAGGGAUCCGCGGCUUGUGCUUCCCUCCCGGAUCGAACAAACACACGACGUUGACAUCUUUAAUGAUUCAGCCUGUUUUUUCACUUUGCAAACACAUUUGCCACAAGUCUUCUCCACCAGCAAUAUAGCUGCUUCCUAGUGUAGUUUGGGGCUGCCAGAUGYGCACC